AUGGCUUCAAGAGAUUUACCACAUAGUUUUAGAGAGGCUUUUUUUGGCUGGGCAGAGAGAAUCCCACUGGAAAUAACAAUUCUCAAAUCUAAGGAACAACUACUUGCCGAAGAUCUACACAAUCCAGAUUUCCACUCACACAAUGAAGGCUCAAAUUCAUCCAACAAGUCUUCCUCUUCAGAUUUUCCGGAAGGCGAGGCUGAUUCGUACGAAGCACCACCAACUAAAGUCAAGUUCAACAAUUUGUGGCCUGCAUUUGCUUCUGGUGCUGGUUUAUUCUCUGAUGGUUAUGUCAAUAAUUCUAUUUCCACAGUAUUGUCGUGUUUGAAAAUGAUUUAUGGUGACGAGUUUUCUAAAAGUAAUGCUAUCAACAACAUUAGUUCAAUCGCAUUUGUAGGUACGGUUGUCGGACAAUUGGGGUUUGGUUACAUUUCCGAUAGAAUUGCCAGGCGUGGUGGUAUGAUGGCAGCAAAUAUCAUGUUGAUUGUUUUCACAUUGUUGUGUGCUGUUGGUUCUUGGGGUGCAACAACGCAAGGGUUCUUCGCAUGUUUGACGGUUUGGAGAUUCUUUUUGGGUGUUGCUAUUGGUGCUGAAUAUCCAACAAGUUCAGUUAUUGCAUCUGAGUUUGCUAAUCAAUUACCCGCAGGUCACAGAAAUAGGUAUUUCUCCUGGUUCACCAAUGCCAUGAUUGAUUCAGGGUUUGUUGUUUCGGCAUUUGUCCCAUUUGUUUUGAUUUGGAUUUUUACUGAGCGUCAUUUACGUGCAUUGUGGAGGGUUACAAUUGGAUUGGGUGUUAUCCCACCAUUAUUGUUGUUUUUCAUUCGUUUAAAGAUGAAGGAUUCUAGAACUUUUGAAAAAUUGAAUAUGAAACACGUCAAAUAUAGAGACUAUCCAUGGUGGUUGAUUAUCAAGUUUUACUGGUUUAGAUUAACUGUUGUUUCCUUGAUUUGGUUUAUUUAUGACUUUUCUGCUUAUUCAUUCGGUAAUUUUAAUACCAUUAUUAUUGGUGAAAUUAUCCCAGAUGCCCCUCUUUGGAAGCAAUGGGGUUGGUCUGUGGUUUUCAAUUUGUUUUACAUCCCAGGUGCAUUCCUUGGUGCAUUGUCAGGAGAUUAUUUCGGACCAAGAUUGACUUUGGCUUUCGGUGUUGGUUGUCAGGGAAUUAUUGGAUUUGCUAUGUCUGCACGUUUAGAAUCAUUGAAGAGGCACAUUGCUGGUUUUGUUGUUGUUUUUGGAAUAUUUACCUCAUUUGGUGAAUUUGGUCCUGGUGAUAACAUCGGAUUAUUGGCAUCCAAAACUAGCGCUACUGCUAUUAGAGGUCAAUAUUAUGGUAUCGCUGCUGCCAUUGGUAAAAUUGGAGCUUUUGUUGGUACUUGGGUGUUCCCAGCUAUUCAAAAGCAUUACACGGGUCAAGGAAAUAAAGAUUUGCAAGUUCCAUUUUACAUUUCCGCUGCAUUGUGUUUGUUUAGUGCUGCAUUGGCCCUAUUCUUUUUACCACAUGUUGGUCAAGAUGCCAUCAACAAAGAAGAUGCUGACUUUGUUGAUUAUUUGAAAUCACACGGUUUCGAUAUCGGUCUCUUGGGUGAGCCUGGUGUGGUUACUGAAAUGAUUGCUGAAGAACACAAGAGAAAUCCAGAUGCAGUUGGUGAAACUGAUGGGGCCGUUGGUGGACAUGCAGCUGGUGCUGCUGAGUUUAGUGGCCUGGAAAUUAUGGCAUACGAUUCAUUGGGAGGCGCCAAGGAUGAGACUGAUGUAACUGAGAAGAGGGUCAAGCAGUGA